AUGUUUGUUUUGGUAACUUUAAAUUAUAAUAGCAUGUCUGAAAAUCCUUUUGCGGAAAAGUUAAAAUUAGCGCUGAAGGCACAGAGCAUUACAGAAUGCGUCAGUUUUCUACGAGAUGCAAGUAAAAUUUUAGUAACACACAUAGACCCAAAACCUUUUAUUAAUUCCAAAACAGUCUUGCUGCUUGGCAAGCUUUCUAAUAAUGAAGACUAUCAAAUUGUCAGAUAUGUUGGCCACAUUUACACUAACUCCCCACCACCAUUUGAUAUCAAGCAAAACCAUCAUUUUUUGAAAAUAAGCAGUGUAAUAUGUUUAAAAGUUAUACCCUAACUGAAAUUGAAAAAAAUUAUUAUUAAAUCGGGGAGUAAGAUCUGUGACAUCAUCCCCAAAACAGAUUCAGCACUAUUAAUUACAUUGUCAAAUGAUAUUUUACAGCUUUGUGAUAUAUUGAGCGGAACCGAGGUCGCUGAAAAUUUGCAAGAAUCUGUAAAUGGAAUUCUAGUCCACUUAUUCAAGCAUGGAGGACUAGGCGCUGAACAAACUCAAAUUGUGCAAAGGCUGUUAGAUAAGAAACCCACAAUAGAUGUGAAAGCAGUACUGGAACCUAUUAUAGAAGAGGUAAAAAGCAAUAAUCCAUAUGGAAUGAAUAGAUUAAUGGACUUACUCAGCAGCAGAGAGUCACUAAAAGAACAAUAUCUAAUUUUUGGAAACCAGCUUAAUCCUGUCAUUAAUUCUUUAUUAGGAACAUCUGAUAGAGAUAUUUAUGUAAAAAUCCAAAAGAUCCUUGAACAUAUGAUAUUUCAGACUCAUUACAAUAUCAGGCUAUCCACUUAUGAUCAGUCAUCAGAGUCUCAUUUAUACACAAUUGUAGAGUCCAAAGAUUACUCUAUGUUUGAAAACGUUUUUUAUGCAGCCUACAAUUUUUUAAAUAUUCUGAAACCAGCAGAUAUUUUUAUAACUCAAAAUCUGCUAAAAAUCUUAAUUCGGCUGUGGUAUGCAUACCCUCAGCACCGACCGUCUCUAUACACACUUAUUUUUAAUAAUUUAGUAGAAAUUGCAUCAGGAGGGAUAAGCGAAUAUAAAGCAAAGGCAGCAAAAUUUUUGCAUAUAAUUACCCAUAGUUCUGAUACUGAUAGCGAGUUUAAAGGGAAACUAGAAAGUGAGGCAGCUAUUGAGGGAUUAUUUAAAAAUGAAGCUUAUAUAGAUCAAGAAAUAGAUCUAUUAGUAGCUGAAGAUGUGAUUGAUUUUGACGAUAUCCAAAUCAUUGCUGGGUUUCCUUUAAGUAUUACAAUCCAGCCUGGAGAACAGAAAUACUACGUAAUUGAAGUAAAAGAACCUAACAGUAUUUUACAGUGGGGCUUUGCAACAGAAUAUUAUGAUGUUUCUUAUACAUUGUGAAGGGUUGACUUGCCAACUCCUGAAGUAAUUUUGCAUGAAGAAAAAGUUCAAUGCGACCAGAACCCUGUCUCUGGGAUAAGGCUCCUAAAGUCACCUGGGCUUUACAGAUUUUCUUGGGACAAUUCUUAUUCUUGGUUCCGCAGCAAGCAUUUACGUUUUCGCAUUUCUUUACUAAAACCUUUCAAGCAUCUAAAAUCAGAAGCAAAAUCUCGAGAAUGCAGCAAAAUCAUAAACAUAAUCCAUGAGGACGAAGUAGGCGAUGCCUGCUUUACAACACCCACAAAAAACGUUCUUGAAGUAGGAGUCCAUAUUAAAAAUAACGUUAUUGUGCUCUCAGCCUUAGAAAAUAAUGAAGCUUUUGAAAUCGAAGAAGAAGAUCAAAUCCCAUUUUUAAUUGCAGGAUUUAUUGAUACAGUGUGUGAGCAUGCCAAUCAAGAAUACUCUAUAAGAAAAAUAGGAAUCACUGAAAAGCAGAUGAAAUACAGAGAAGGUCUCGAAGAUCUAUACCAUUUACAAUAACUAGUAAAAUCUACUAAUAGUCAUGAAAAAAGAUAGCUGCUAUUUUCUAUUCAUUACAAAUAAGUAUAGGAGCUGUCGCAAUUUGUCGAGAUGUUGACGCAAUCGGACUAUUGAGUCAACAGAGUUUGCAUUCAAACACCCUCAUUUCUGUAGUUAUUGACGAAGGACUCAGAAGUUGUGUCAUACUCAGAGGGAGAAUUUUGAUAGGAGAUGAUGGAGUCCCUCUUGGUGACAUAUCAAAGCUGAAAAACACUGACCCAGGAGUCGGAAUUGCAACUCUUCUUUGCAUGUUUGGUCCUGCAGUUGUGGUCAUUUCAGGACAAGAUUUCAAAGAAGAUAUAGCAGCGCUGUCUGAAAGAGUCAGCUAUUUGGUGCCUAUGCAGGUUUGGCAGCAUUCUGUAAUCAGAGAAAGCGUGUAUGGUCCUCAUGUAGCUGUGGUUGCUGCCUCAAAGCUACAUUUUUUGCAUUAUCGGUAUAAGUUUGCAUUUUAA